AUGCCGGAAACUCAAAAAAAUGUGUACAGCAUUGUUAGUGGUGAUGAAUCGUGGAUUUACUGUUAUGAACCAGAAAAUAAACGACACUUGGCUGUUUCGGUGUUGCAAGGUGAAGAAAAGCCAACAAAAGUCAUCCAUUCCCGAAGUGUUUUGAAAAAGAUGGUCGCGACAUUUGUGUCAAAAGCGGGUCAUAUUGCAAUAAUUCGUCUAAAUGAGCAAAGAACUAUUACUGCGGAUUGGUAUCCCAUCAUUUGUUUGCCAAAAGUCAUCACCGAGAUUCGAAAAAUCAACCCCGAAGGAAGCAUCAUCCUCCACCAAGACAAUGCAAGCUCGCACACAGCCCAAAAAACAAGGCAUCCCGAUCUAAGUCCUAACGAUUUAUUUACUUUCCCGAAAAUUAGAAACAGACAGCGUGGUCAAAGGUUCCAGUCACCAGAAGAAGCAGUUGACGCAUUCAAAAAUGCCGUUUUGGACCUGCCAGCAAGCGAGUGGAAUAAGUACUUCAAAAAUUGGUUCGAGAGCAUGUAG